CCAGGAACGCCCGACUCGAACCCAACGUUGGCGGCGGCUCCGGAAAUCGUGGAAUUGGAUCCCGGCGCCCUCUUCCCCAACCCCGACCUUUCCGAGCGGGAAACUUUCCGUUGGACCGUGGUUCAACAAAUCGACCCCGGGACGUCGUCGAAGAGCCGGAAGAGGAGCCCCAAAUCCCAAAGUUUCUCCAACUUCAAGAGCAUCAUCGUGCUCCAGAAGAGCUACGAGUGCUCGGAAUGCGGCAAGAGCUUCAGCUGCAGCUCCCAUUUUUCCAAACAUCGCCGGACGCACACCGGGGAAAAACCGUUCCGGUGUUUCCACUGCGGGAAGAGCUUCAACGUCUCUUCCAACCUCUACCGGCACCAACGCGGCCACGGCGGCGCCGAAUCGGCGCCGGAAAAGCCCCGCGGGCUCCCCUAUAAAUGUCAGGAAUGCGGGAAGAGCUUCCGGCGGAAUAAAGAGUUGGCCACUCAUCAACGGCUCCACACCGGGAAUUUGCCCUUCCAGUGCGGCGACUGCGGGAAGAGUUUUUCCUGGAGCUCCCAUUGGCUUCGGCAUCAACGGAUUCACACCGGGGAGAAACCCUACGAGUGCCCGGAGUGCGGGAAGAGUUUUUCAAGGAGUUCCCAUCUUUACCGGCACCAACGCGGCCACGCCGGGGGUCGUUCGUACAUCUGCACCUACUGCGGGCGGAGUUUCGGCAGCAUCCUCCAUUUCGAGCGGCACCAACGGACGCACACCGGGAUGAGACCCUACAAAUGUUCCCUGUGCCGGAAGAGCUUCGGCGACGCGCCGGCGUUGGUGAAACACCAACGGAUUCACCUCGGCGAGGGCCCCUUCCGCUGCGAGGAGUGCGGCAAAGCUUUCGGCGCGCGCUCGCAGUACGCGCGGCACCGGCGGAGUUUCCACGGCGGCUCCGGCGCCGAGAAGCCGUACCGGUGCGGGGAUUGCGGGAAGAGUUUCUCCUGGAGUUCCCACUGGGAGAGGCACCAACGGAUUCACACCGGGGAGAAACCCUACGAGUGUCCCGAGUGCGGGAAGAGCUUUGGGAGGACGUCUCAUCUUUACCGGCACCAGCGGACGCACGCCGGGGGUCGGCCCCACGUCUGCGGGGAGUGCGGGAAGAGUUUUAAUUCCACGCUCCACUUCCAGAAGCACCAGCGGGCGCACGGAGCCGGGUCCCGGAAAAGUUGCGGCGAGUGCGGGAAAUCGUUCUCGGAUCCGUCGGCGUUGGCCAAGCAUCAGCGGGUUCAUGAGGGGUCCCAAAAAAGUGGGAAAUCCGUGGAUGACUCGUCAACGUUGGCCAAGAAUCAACGGGUUCAAGAGGAGUCACAAAAAAGUGGGAAAUCCUUGGUUGAGUCAUCAAUGUUGGCCAAGAAUCAACGGGUUCAAGAGGAGUCACAAAAAAUCGGGAAAUCCGUGGAUGACUCGUCAACGUUGGCCAAGAAUCAACGGGUUCAAGAGGAGUCCCAAAAAAUUGGGAAAUAUGUGGAUGACUCGUUAACGUUGGCCAAGAAUCAACGGGUUCAAGAGGAGUCCCAAAAAAGUGGGAAAUCCUUGGGUGAUUCGUUAAUUUUGGCUAAAAACCAACAGGUUCACGAGGAGUCAGAAAAAAGUGGGAAAUCCUUGGUUGAAACCCAAAAAUCCUGCUCGGAAUGCGGGAAAUCCUUCUCGGAUCCAUCGGCGUUGGCCAAGCAUCAACGGGUCCAUGAGGAUUCCCAAAAAAUUGGGAAAUCCUUGGUUGAAUCCCAAAAAAGUGGGAAAUCCUUGGAUGAAUCCCAAAAAAUUGGGAAAUCAUUGGAAAUGCGGGAAAUCCUUCUCGGAUCCAUCGGCGUUGGCCAAGCAUCAACGGCCGAGGAGAUCGCCAUCAGCUGGCCGCGGAUCACCGCCUUCGCCGAAUCCCCCCCCCCGGCGCCGCCCCCUCCCCCGGGGGUCUCGGGCGAUGGGGGAGGGGCGGAGCCGGAUCUGCGCCGGCAGCUGGGGCUGAUCCUGCAGACGGCCGGGAGGAGCCAGGUGGAGAAAAUGCUGCGGGAAUUGGUGCGGGAGCAGGGCCAGGCCGGAAAACGCCGGAACCGGAGGAGGACGGCCAAAGAUGAGGGCGCCGGCGCCGGGAGCGGCCCCGAAGAUGACCCCACCCCUCCGUCCACCCAAGACCCUCCCCCACCUCAACCCCAACCCGAUCCCGACCUUCCGUCCACCGCCACGAACCGGAAAGCCGCCGGAAGCUGCUCGGAGUGCGGCAAAAGCCCGGCCAAACCCCGGCGCUGCUCCGAGUGCGGCCGGCGCUGCCGCCGACCGGAACGUCCCGGCGCCGACUCGGCGGAGGAGAAGCCGCACCGCUGCGGCGACUGCGGCAAAGCCUUCAGCCGCGGCUCCAACCUGGCGCAGCACCGGCGCAUCCACACCGGCGAGCGGCCUCACCGCUGCGGCGACUGCGGCAAAGCCUUCAGCCGCGGCUCCAACCUGGCGCAGCACCGGCGCAUCCACACGGGCGAGCGGCCUCACCGCUGCGGCGACUGCGGCAAAGCCUUCAGCCGCGGCUCCAACCUGGCGCAGCACCGGCGCAUCCACACCGGCGAGCGGCCUCACCGCUGCGGCGACUGCGGCAAAGGCUUCAUCCAACGCUCCGACCUGGAGCGGCACCGGCGCGUCCACACCGGCGAGCGGCCGUACGCGUGCGGCGACUGCGGCAAACGCUUCAGCGUCAGCUCCCACCUGGACCGGCACCGCCGCACUCACGCCGGCGGGCCGGGCCCGCCCGAGCAGCCCCGCGCCAAAACCAAAACGCCGGCGGCCGCGGCGGAAUCGGCGCCGUACCGCUGCCCGGAUUGCGGGAAGAGCUUCGGGCAACGCUCGGCGCUGGCGAAACACCGCAAGACUCACACGGGCGAGCGGCCGCACCGCUGCGGCGACUGCGGCAAGAGCUUCAGCCGCGGCUCCAACCUGACGCAGCACCGGCGCAUCCACACCGGCGAGCGCCCGUUCGCCUGCGGCGACUGCGGCAAAGGCUUCAUCCAACGCUCCGACCUGGAGCGGCACCAGCGCGUCCACACCGGCGAGCGGCCGUAUUCCUGCGGCGAGUGCGGCAAGAGUUUCAGCGUCAGCUCGCACCUGGACCGGCACCGGAAAAUCCACGCCGCCGAACGCGCCUCGUACCGGUGUCCGGAGCACCUGGCCGGGUUUUUGGCGGCUCACCGGCACGGGAGGCUCUUCCAGUGCGGGCAGUGCGGGCGGUGUUUCGGUCAAGGCGCGGCGUUGUUGAAGCAUCAACGCUCUCACGGCGCCGCGGCGCCGAAAUGCCUGGAUUGCGGGAAAAGCCGGGGGUUGUGCCAGGAUUGCGGGCGGCAACCGGAAACGGCGCCGGAGAAGCCGUACAAGUGCCAGGAAUGCGGGAAAAGCUUCGGGCAGCGCUCGGCGCUGGUGAAACACCGGCGCAUCCACACCGGCGAGAAACCCUACAAAUGCCCCGAUUGCUCCAAAGGCUUCAUCCAAAAAUCCGACCUCACCAUCCACCGGCGGAUGCACACCGGCGAGAAACCCUACAAGUGCCAGGAGUGCGGCAAGUGCUUCAGCGUCUCCUCCAACCUCUUGACCCACCAGAGGACGCACCUGGGCGAGAAACCCUUCCAGUGCUCCGAGUGCGGCAAGAGCUUCAUCCAACGCUCCGAGCUCACCAUCCACCGGCGCGUCCACACCGGCGAGAAGCCCUACAAGUGCCCCGAGUGCGGGAAGUGCUUCAGCCGCAGCUCGCACCUCAACCGGCACCAGCGCACCCACGGCAAAGCCGCCGCCGCCGCCUCUUCCUCUUCCUUCCCUGCCUCCUCUUCCUCCUUCUCGUCCUCUUCCUUCUCUUCUUCUUCUCCUUCCUUCUCUUCCUCCUCCUCCUCCUCGGCCUUCCCGGCGUUCCCGGGCUCCUCGGCCGUGCCGGCGGCGUUGGAGCUGCCCUGGGCGUUGGCGUUGCCGGGCCGGGCGUUCCCGGGGUUUCCGGUGGGUAAUUAGGGAGG